UCAAAAGCCAACUAGCCUGUUCAAACUUCAAUUCUGCAGUCUACACAAUCACAGACAAUGCAGAUUCAUUGUAUAGCGGCACCGUGAUAGCCUUUGCGAGUCAUAUUUUUCCUUUGUCUAACACUCUUUCACGCCGAAUCAGUGUUCUGCACCUUUGUUUUCCAACCUGUAUACGUACUUUGACGAUGACGAUGGGCGUCCACAGCACUCCUUGGUCUUUCUUAAAACCACUCGUGUCGAACGUGCUGCUUCAAACGUAGAUACUGCGUUAUUCACCUCAUCACGAACAACCCUCCCGAACUGGUAAGGAUGGGAUAUACCAGCCUGUCGUUAACCCUAUAUCAGUACAACCCAUCACAGGAGCAGAUUCACCCUACUCUUACGGUCCUUCCGAUGCCACAACGCCAGCUCUCAUUCCGGAUGAUGACAUGUACGACAAUGUAUACUCCACUACUCUUCCUGACCGACUGCGCGAGCUCUUUCCUGGUGGCAUGGGCUCAUCUACUCAGAACUUACCGUCAACCAUUGCCCCACCGCUGGUGCAGUCCACACUUCAGGAAUUGCCUAAGAAGAAUCCUGACGGGAGAUAUUCUGCUGCCGCAAAGGGCAAGGGGAAAGCUUUGACAGAACACCAAUUCUUUUCUGGUCGACAUCCAACUGAUCUUGGCCCAUCGGACGAUGGAAAUCUAUUAUAUCCUUCACCCGAUUUUUCUUCAACUGACGAGUGGGUCACACAUACUCGGCCUAUCCUACAGGAUUAUGCCAACAGGCAAAUUCCUUUGCCACUUGGUCAGAGGGUUAAUGUAUCGCUUAACGAACCUUCUCAAUUUAUUCAAGGGGCAUUGCAAUUGCUUGCCAAUCGCGACCACCCCAAAGAUACACCUAUUGAUUCAUCUCGUCAACUCGGUCCUCAGCUGAUCGAGAAUUUCACGGACGUGCAUAGAUGGGCAACAGAGUACUUUCGCGCACGUUUUGGGAUGUCAACUGUGGGAAGCGAUAUACCUGUGCUUUUGACGAUCAUCACGAACACUUUCUAUGAAGCCCACACCCAACUUAUUGAUAGUAUCGCAGAUGCAGCACUUGCGAACAUGCGUGGUCGUGGAGCUGCUAUCCUGGAUAUUGAAGACUUUGCGUUUGGAUAUGAUUUCGAGAUGAGCCAACAAUUGCCUUUUGCUGUGGAAUCCAGCUCUCGUAUUCAUGAUACCCUCGAGCAACACCGGCCUCGGUCACCAUUAAAACUUCCCGUGAACCUUCCUGUGACGACAAGAUCUGGUAGACAAGUCAAGGUUUCCAAGCAAGCGCAAGCAGCGGCACUGGCUGAAAGUGAGAAGCAGACCAAAGCUCGCCAGCGCAAGAAAGAACAGGCGAAGAAAGUGCAGGAUUCGACAACUUCGGAACAUGAAACGUACAAAGCUUUCUCUCAAGCUGCACAGAAGAACGUAACAACUCCCAACCCUUCUGCAGCGGGUGUAGUGGUGUGCACCCCCUCUGCCAGUAUCUAUCAUACACCUAACAAUGGGAGCUUGUAUUAUACGCCUCUCCGUGGGAUCCAUGGGAUCUUGCGCAAGAUGGAGGCGAAUGCAGUCGUCUUUACAGGCGCCAAGUGUCCCACGUGCGGCAGAGUGAUGCCUCCUCGCAUGCCCAUGACUCCCACUAACACCCAUUCAGCAUCUCAGUCUUCAGCUCAUUCAAAAAUCUCGAUUGAUUGGAAUUCGCAACGAGCGAUCACCAGCCCUACCGUUAGCUCGAAUCUGAGGUUGGCGCCUGUUACCGUGCGCCACCCUUCUUUGGCUGUGCCUUGGCCCAUUAGGCUUCCACCCUUCGUGUUUCAUGCAUCAUCAGCACCCGACACUGCCCAACAUGCGAAUACCACUGCAGCACUGUCGGGGGCAACGACUGGCACUCAGGAUUCCGCACAGGGACCAGUAGCCUCUGUUAGAGGCGGGCGUCUCUAUUUGGGUGCGAGGGGGAAUAGAGGCGACGCACGAGGGCAUGGUCGGGGUAGUGGCGCAUCGGCUCCCCUCACUAUCGUUAUACCUGCCCGCCCGCGCCCUGUUGCCCCGGCAUCCACAGCGGUCCCCCCUGCGAGUGUGUCAACGGCAGCCAUGGCUCCCACUAAUGCUGUGAGGUGCGACCCUUCGGGCAGACCUGCUGGAGGCUCUGGUACUACGUCCACGCACACGGCGAAUCCAAUCCCAAUUACCGCUGCGUCCACAGAAGCACGCGUUCCCACUGCAAGUGUCCGACCUAGAUCUAUGAACACAACUGAACACGGGGUGGCGGUCGCUGCUUUUGCACACGCAUACUACUCUCAAUAUAACACCAACCAGACCCUCAGUGCAGGAAGCCAUGCGAACGCCCC